AGCCUCAACAAUUUCGCAGAGUUGUCUCUCUGUUUCUCUCACUCUUCCAGAUUUUAGUAGCUUCUGAAUUUUAUUUUAUUUUAUAAGAGAAAAAUGACCAAGUUCUGGACUUUACUCACUGCUCUUCAUACAGGCGCUGGGCCUGUGGUGAUGUUAGUAUAUCCACUGUACGCAUCGGUGGUAGCUAUGGAGACCGCAACGAAAGUAGACGAUGAACAGUGGCUAUCCUACUGGAUCAUAUACUCGUUCCUGACGCUCACGGAGCUGAUUCUACAAUCUCUUCUUGAGUGGAUUCCUAUUUGGUACUCGGUCAAACUUGUGUUCGUCGCUUGGUUGGUUCUGCCUCAGUUCCAUGGAGCUGCUUUCAUCUACAACAGUUUGGUGAGAGAACAGUUCAAGAAACACGGCGUCUUCUCUCACCAACAGUCAAAGCCCACCAAACCCAAGAUCCUUAACUCCAUUUUCCCCCACCGGGAGGGACACGAGGCUCACUCUCACUGACACAAGAAAAAAAAAAAGGAAGAAAGCUUGACUGGUAUUGUAAUGGAGUUGGUAGUGGUCCCAUCUUGACUAAUCUUACGUUUUACUUUUGUUUUGUUUAUACAAAAAAAAAAGAAUGUGGUUUGGGGAAAGAUAUGAUCAUAUAUAUGAUGAUGAUUGAUGACUGAUGAGUUGUGUGGUCGGAAGUGACUUGUUGUUGUUGUUGUUGUUGUUGUAUUUCCUUAGUUUCCACGCAUCUUUUCCAUCUGGGAACACAAAUGUUACGCUAUUGUUUGUUCAAAUCGAAUUUCCAACUUUUGUGAGGAUAAA